AUGUACGUAUAUCCUGUGUCAGCAGGCGCCCUGAGCGGCGGUAUGGCAGCGAGUCACGGAGUGCAGCCACCGGCGAGCCCCCCGGGGAACCACGACCCGCGCACCUCGAGCAUCCAAGCCCUGAGGAUGAAGGCCCGGGAGCACGUCGAGAGCAUGAGCAAGGACCUCCAGCACAUCGUGCGCGCCAGCAGCCCCAGCAGAACGGCGGCCGUCGGGCCGCGCGACGACGCUUUCGUGCCCGUGUCCUACAAAAAAAAGUUAUACUACAAGUGUACAAAGUGUUUAGAAAUGUUUGAUGAACUGGAUACUUUUGAGACGCACAAACGUGCCCACAACUGCUAUCAGUGCCAUUUUUGCCCACAAAUUUUCGAUCGACUGGAAACUCUUGAGACGCACAAACGUGCCCACAACUGCUAUCAGUGCCAUUUUUGCCCACAAAUUUUCGAUCGACUGGAAACUAUUGAGACGCACAAACGUGCCCACCACUGCUAUCAGUGCCAUUUUUGUCCACAAAUUUUCGAUCGACUGGACACUCUUGAAGCGCAUAAACGUGUGCGCCACUAUCAUCGUUGUCAUUUGUGUUUGAAAAUCUUUCCCCAACCGGGAUGUCUUGAUAAGCACAUCAGAACCCAACACCACUACCCGUGCAGCGUAUGUUCAGAAUCUUUUACUCAACCUAUGAAUCUUGUAAUGCAUAUGACCUACAGACACAACCAUCCCUGCAUAUGGUGUUUAGAAAUUUUCGACCAUCCCGAUGAACUGAAAAAACACAUGGAACCAUGUUAUAAAUCCUCUAAAGGAAAGAUAAGCAACACGGUAUAUCAGGAUAAAAGCGGCAGCAAACGCGAUAUGUAA